GUUGUGUACGGAUUCUACUUCGUCUUGCGUCUUUUGAUCGCGUCUUUUCGUAACUUGUUGCGGGUUCUUUGUUUUGUUUUCUAUUUUAUUUGUACAGAUGGCCGUGGACGAGACGUCAAGCGAAGACGCUAUGAACGUCGACGUCGUCAGCGCAAACGCGGAGACGUCGGCCCAGGCUUACGCAACAGGAAACCAAACCGAUUCCUAUAUAAUCGUCCAAGAUCAAGAUGCAAGAUCUGGGUUUUCUGCUUACACAUCGCCUCUAGACUUUUUCCCUUCUCUACGGCCGCGCUCGCAUCUUGACAGUUUUGGCGAAGGGAUUAGUUCAGGUCAUCAACUGGACGACGGCAUGGACACUUCCUCAAUCUCAAGUUCUCCACGGAACACUUCAAUAGACCUCAAGGAUCUGAAGGUGGCCCACUCGAAGAACUUGCUCACGGACCCGUCAAGACCAAUUUAUGAUGAGACUGCGCGCUACUUCUAUGCGCACCACGCCGUCUUCUCUGGGUCGCACCACAGCGUCAAGGACAUCAAGGACGCCCUGGAGAACAUCCGACAGCGCAGCCCAACGAAGAGCUUCGAUGAUCGCGUUGCGGAGGCGGUGACGUUGCUGGGCCUCCGGUAGUCUCGCGCAACACGGGCGUCGAUUCUCGCUCUUGGCUCUUCCGCGGCACACCGCAAGUUUGCCGUCAACGAAGCGCACGACGACGGGGUUGCUCCCGCAGUCGGGAACGAGUGUGGAUGGGUGUAAAGAGCGCGCGGCGCCACCGACGGAUAGACGAGUCGUCGGGAGUGUUUGACUGGGCGAGAGGUGGAUCCGCCACUUGGGUUAGCCUGUGCGGCAGCUCGGUGCGCCGCGUCCU